UUGUUUUUAUUUUCAUUUUUUAUCAAAAAAUUGAUAAAAAUUAAAAUUCAUGAAACUUUGAAAAUUUAAAACUUGUUGCAGUGUAUCAAACUUUUCAAGACUUCUUUUUAAUUCUGUGCACUUCAAGUACCUACGUACAGGGUGGACAGAAAUAUCGGGUACCCCUAAAAAAGUUUUCUGCUAAAUACUUUGGUUGGUCACAGUGAAUGAUAAUAAUGGUAGCAUAUGAUUAGUUGUUAGACUGGAGAGAUAACAUUUCACCAAUCAUAUGCAUCUAUUUCACGUUGCCAACCUAUAUUUUUAAUGAAAAACUUUCUUAGGGGUACCCGAUAUUUCUGUCCACCCUGUACAACGCAAUAUUGCACCAUAUCCGCCAACUUGAUAAAUUUCGUUACACAAGUCGACUGUCGAUUCCAAAAUGUCUUCACACCUUUCUCAUAAAUUACCAUGGCAUCUUUUAGUGGAUUACGUGACACCGUACAAAGAUCCAGGAAUCAGUUUUCCUACAGGAACCUGUAACAGAAUCCACAUAACCAGCAAGAGAGUCGAAAUACAAGUUAAAAAUCGAAAUUACAUCCAAGAAAGUGAUAUAUGCACCGACCCAACUUGCAAUCGAGUACCCGAAGAUAAGAAAAUCUAUAAAACAAUGAAGAGGGGGAAAAUAUUCGACCGGAUUAAAGGAGCUGGAAGAUUUGACGAAGAGAAGUGCAAAGCGUUUUUUAUUAAAUUUGAACAAGCAUUAAUGGAAUUUGCUCAAACUGAAUUGAACACUCCAGCCAAGGAUCUUCAGUACGAAGACAAUGUUGAACGUUCGGGGCUCACGGAUUGCGAUCUGUGCGAUCGAUUUACUACUUUAUUAGAAUUCGGUGAUAAACAAGAAUUAUUCAAGUACAGCGACGAAGAAAUUAGGAGCGCUUUCUCUUGCUGUCACGGCGGCCAAGCUGUAGGAAGAAAUUUACGAUUUCUUUUGCAUAGAAUGAUUUCAUUUUAUUUAGUAAUGAACAUCAUUCUGCAUGCCAAUGUGAAAAAAGAAGAGUGGCCUCGUGGCAUGAAACCAAAAUCGAAUUUCUGGAGUGAGUCGUUAAGUGCUCAUGAUGGACAAACGUUUUUACCUCAUAGCAGAAAAUACUUGUCAGAAUUUAUGGUUGAUUUAGAAAAAACGAAAAUUUUGAAUAAGAAUAUAUUUAGGUUUCUUUAUUUUUACGUUAUGAUGAAUUUGAAAAUUAACAAAGAUUAUUCGUUUGCUGAAGAUACAGGUUUAUGUUCUUGGCGCAUUUGGCAUCUUGUAAUGUUCGGAUGAAGAUGAAUUGUUAGGAAUAAGGAGGGAAUGUUUGGUAAACUACAAUGAAAUAUGAUACCUGUGAUUGAAAAAAUUUAUACCAGUAUUUUACGUAAUACCUAUACAUACUUAUAUUUUUUGAUAAUUGGAUACAUUUUUUAUGCACUUGUAUUAGUACCUAUAGUCGUUUCAUUAAAGUGUACCCUGAAUAAAAAUGUUAAUAAAGUAAUCUGAAUUUCAGAGACCAAUACUAAAGACAACACGAACUUUUUUUUGUGCAUAUUAUUAAUUCAGUUUUAUGAAUUAUUAUUACUUACUUACUCCAAUCCUUCAAUAUACUCAUUGUUGAACAUUGAA